AUGGCCCCGCCGUCCCGUCCUCCGCACGACCACUGGAAGCAGUCCCUCAAGCGUCCCGACCGCGACACGCGCGUGCAGACCGAAGACGUGACGAACGUCAAGGGCAACGAGUUCGAAGACUACUUUCUCCAGCGCGAGCUCCUCAUGGGCAUCUUUGAAAAAGGGUUUGAGCGCCCGUCGCCCAUCCAGGAAGAAGCGGUCCCGAUCAUCCUCGCGGGACGGAACGUCUUGGCCCGGGCCAAGAACGGGACCGGCAAGACCGCGGCCUUUGUCAUCCCGUGCCUCGAGAAGACUGACGCCCGCGUCCCGCACAUCCAAGUGCUGAUCCUCGUCCCGACGCGCGAGUUGGCGCUCCAGACGUCGGCGAUCGUCAAAGAGCUCGGGAAACACAUGAGCGUCGAGUGCAUGGUCUCCACGGGCGGCACGAGCCUCAAGGACGACAUCAUGCGGCUCUACCAGACGGUGCACAUCCUCGUGGGGACCCCGGGACGGGUCAUGGACCUCGCGACCAAAGGCGUCGCGGACUUGCGGCAGUGCGGGACCGUGAUCAUGGACGAAGCCGACAAGCUGCUCUCGCCCGAGUUCCAGCCGCUGCUGGAGCAGCUGCUGCAGCACACGGCCGCGGACCGCCAGCUCUGUCUCUUCUCGGCGACGUUCCCCGUGACGGUGAAGGCGUUUCAAGACCGGUUCGUGACGAACCCGUACGAGAUCAACCUCAUGGACGAACUGACGCUGAAAGGCGUGUCGCAGUUUUACGCCUUUGUCGACGAGCGACAGAAGGUGCAUUGCCUCAACACGCUCUUCUCGAAGCUCGAGCUUAACCAGUCGAUCAUCUUUUGCAACUCGGUGAACCGCGUCGAGCUGCUCGCGAAGAAAGUCACGGAGCUCGGGUUCUCGUGCUUUUACAUCCAUGCCAAGAUGCACCAAGCACAUCGGAAUCGCGUGUUCCACGAGUUCCGCAAUGGCGCGACGCGGCACUUGGUCUGCUCGGACUUGUUUACGCGCGGGAUUGAUAUUCAGACGGUGAACGUCGUGAUUAACUUUGACUUUCCCAAGAACUCGGAGACGUACUUGCAUCGGAUUGGCCGCUCCGGUCGAUUCGGCCACCUUGGACUGGCGAUCAAUAUGAUUACGUACGAAGACCGAUUCAACUUGUACCGGAUCGAGCAAGAGCUCGGCACGGAGAUUCGACCGAUCCCGCCGGUCAUUGACCGUAACUUGUACUGCAAGUAA